AUGGAUUCUUCACAAGAUUCUCCACCUAUUUCACUAUCAACUGUUCUAAAAGAAUAUCCUCCAAACCCAUUACUCAUUUUUAAACCAAAGCAACGUUUGGAUAUUAUUGCUCAUACUGUUAAUCGUAUGUUUGAAGAACCUGACAUAGAAAAUAAAAUUGAUUCUCCACAACGUUUAAAGUGGUUCUUAGAAAUUUUGGGUGCAUCUUAUUUACUUGAUAAAGGAGCAUCUGCAUUUGCACUAUCCACAUUAAAACUUUUUCAACGAUGGUUACAAACAGAUAAUAAACCAGCCCCAAUGAAAACAAAUUUCAAUAAGUAUUCAGAUUAUAUAUUGUAUUCCAUUUCAAUGCUUUUUGAUUUUAAAAGUAAUCCAGAUGUACAAAUUUCUAUUCAAUAUUUUGGUAUUGAUAUUAUAGCUUCAACUGCUAGAAUAGUAACUGAUGAAGCAACUAAAAGGUCAUGUGUUCGUUCGUUAAUGAUUAUUGCAGAUCAUGUUUGCGAUUAUUGUCCUUAUGAAGGAAUGACUUAUAGAGUAUUUAAUGCACUACAUGAAUGUGUUUUACAUACUGAACCAAAUGCUAUAUUAGAUAUUUUCUUUUUACAUUGUAAAAAAUGGGGAUUAAACCCUAAUGCUGCAACACAAUGGUGUGCAACUGCUGUUGCUAUUCAAACAGGAUAUGUCAACUAUUUAAUUGAAGAACAGAAAACAGUUAAGGUAACACAUUUACUUUGUAAUGGAGAGUCUGAUAUUAUUGAACUAUCACCAUCACGUGCACUACAAUUUUGGCUUGAUUUUUUAAAAGUUGCUGAUAUUAAAACUGAUUCUUGUGAUCUUGUAUCAUUAUAUGUAGAAGGAUUUUCUGCACUAAUGCAUCUACUUGCAGAUGUUCAUGUUGAAAGUAAAUCACCACAUAGACCUGAUGGAAACUCUAUUUUCAAAUUAUAUGGAAAUUAUCUAUUUUCUGUGAUUAUUCGAUUAGACCACACAAGAUACUCUAAAGCAGUUGCAGAGGCAAUAGCUGCCUUAAUUAAUUUCUUUGCAACAAUGAUUCGAAGAACUACUUUUGAAGAAAAGUAUAUUUAUUAUUUGACUAUAGCAUUAAAUAGAACAUUAACAUCACCAAAUAACACAGUAGUAUAUUCAUGUGUUUCUAAUAUCAGUAAACUUCUUAAUUAUCCAGUAGGAAGUAUUGCACUAUGUCUAGAACCAUUACUAUCAAGUAUUAUCAAGUUAUUAACAUCAAAAUUCCCUGUAACACCAACUAUUUAUCAUGUAUUUAUUACUGCAUUACACGAGUCACUACUUCCAUUUACUUUAGUUGAAAAAGAAAAGUUUAUUCCAAUAUAUAAUAAGAUCAUUUUAAUUCUUGUUAAACUUGAUUUACUUUCACCUGAAAACUUCCCAUUACUUUUUGAUUUUAUUGGAAGUUAUUUUUCUUUUGUUCUUCCAGUUGAUAAGACAAUAGUUGAUUUUGAUGUUGUUGCAAUUAGAACUGAUAGUACAAUUGAUAAAACAAGUAUACAUCAUAUUGUUUGGGCUAUUUUGUAUGAAUCAAGUGUUCAACUACCAGCAGCAUUAUCCAAUUCAAAAGAAAGGAUUAUUAGAGCUAUUGUAAAUGUAUUUAGAGUGAUCAAAGAAUAUAUUUGCACAAUAUAUAAGAAAAAUGAAUUUAUUAUUCAGACAACUAAAAUGUUAAUUGCUUUGCUUAAUUCAAUUGCCAAACAAGAAAAUCCCAUUUCUAUAUCAUUAAUUGUUGAAUCAAUGCACAUAUGUACUAGUUAUAUUGUACUUGUAGAUGAUAUUAAAAUAGCAACAGCUUUUAUGAAAACAAUGAUUUUAUUACAUAACUUACGAACAAUUAAUUUAAAGAAAUAUGCAACAUUCUUCAUAAAAUUGUAUAUAAAUUCAUUAACCAAGAAAGAAAUUUCUGAUGAAAAUGAGAUGGUUCGUUUAUUAAAAGAAAAUGGAGUUCAAAAUCCAAUGAAAUAUAUUCAUGUGUGUAUGCUUAAUGACUCAUUUAUGACACUUAUUGAUCUUCCAUACAAAACAGAUGCAUUACAUACGAUUGUUAUCCUAAGAGAUAGUUAUGGAAAAAGAGUUUACUCAUUUAAAACAAAUAACACUCUUCAUUGUAGUAAGUUUGAAAAUACUCCAUACUGUGAUAAACCAUAUUCAAUAAUACAUAAAUGGAUCAUUGAUAAAGCAAGCUCUUCAUUUUAUGAAUACAGUCCUGAACUAUCACUAGAAAAUAUUAUUAAAAAAGAGGCAUCUGUAAUUAUUCCUUCUGAGUAUUCAACACCUAUUUCUAUGCCUACUUCCAUUCCUCAAAGAACACUUCCACCGGCUAUUAACCCACUUGUUGGAGGACGUAUUCUUCAUGGAAAUUUAAGUGCAUUUGGAACAAAAGUAUUUUUACAAACAACAGAACAAUUAAUUAAAGACUUGACCCAUUUAGAUCAAAUACCAUCUAAGACACGAAUUUAUAUUCAUAUUCAAUGUAACACAACAAAGGAUGAAUUUUUCUUAAGUUUUAUUAAAUCUUUAGGACAAUACAGAAUUUUCGAUAAUUCUCCUGUAUUUGUUCGUAGUGAUUUUAGAACAGAGUUUAUAUUUGAUUGUCCUGAAUUAACUCAAUCAACUCCAAGAGAGUUGUAUGACUAUUAUCUCUAUUGGAAUAAAAAAGAUGAACAAAUAGAAAAAUUGGAAUCAAAUAGUAUUGUUGUUCAACCACGAAUUGCAGGUUCAUUCACAAUAACUCAUUCAUUUUCAAGUCAAUUACAAACUUUUAUUGUUCCAUCAUAUUCAUUAUCGUAUUGUAUUUAUGCAAUGCUUAUUUUACCUAAACUUAGAGAUCCUGAUUCGUUCUUGCAAAGUGUGGAUAACCGUACAAAAGAAAUUAAUAGAAUUUGUAAAAAUAAUAGAGAAAUGGUUCUUCUUGAAUGGAUUUUAUUCCUUGACCCUGUUGUUAAUAAAACAACAAAGUUUAACUGGAACCCUGCCAUUGUAAAGAAAGAACGAACAACUCCUUCAUUACGUAAAUCAUUAGACUCUCUUCCUAAAUGUCUUGAAACAAAAGUAGAACAACGAAGGUCAAAAUCAAAAAUGGAACAAUUUAUUGAAAAUAAUGAAGAUAUGGCAUCAUUAUUAAUUUCCCCUGACGACAGUCAUGGCUCACGUCAAGGAAGUGUUGUUGAAAUUCCUGAUUCAUUGUUAAAUUCAAAAAAUAAAUCACCUUCAUCAAAGUCACCAUCUUGUAAAUCACCACUAUUAACUACCUCUCCUACUUAUGAAACUGAGGUUAAAUUCUUCUCUAAACCUGAUGUUACAAAACAAAGAAAAGUUGCUAUUGGGUCAAUGAGAAAGUCAAUGGUCUUUCUUCCACCAGCAACAGCUUCAUGUCCUCCUGAACAACCACGUCAACCUCUUCCAAAUGUUGGAAGAAAAACCUUUGCUAUUGGUUCUCAAAGUGACAAUAAUAUUACUGAACAUAGUAAAGACACUGCAAAAAUAAAACAGCCUUCCUCAUUUGAUCCAAGUGCUAUUUUAAAACAAGCACAACAAGUAAGAAAAGUAGAAAAAGGAUGUGAUGAACCAAAGCAAACCAAUACCCUUCUUCAACAACGACCAGCUCAACAACCAAAUAACAACAGUGAAACUAAACGUGAGCCUCGUCUUCCACUACAACAAAGUAAAACAACCCAUGGGUUUGUUGCUAAAUCACCUUCUAUGAUUGGAACAAGCCCUAAACCCCGGCAAACUUUUACUAACUCAAGAAAGGCUACUGUUCAUUUUAAACAUGACAAUAAUUCAAAUCAACAUGAUGAACAAACCUAA